GUUCACCUGGCUGUGAACCCAAAUACGCCGUGCGUUCCCUCUCAUCAUCACCCACCUCGUUGGUGUGUGCUUUUGUGUAUUUUUUGUGUGCGACUUACAACGAUUCAAAUAUAUAUAUAUAUAUACGAACUGGCCAGCGCCGUGCCCAGCUGCUAACUAACCGUCGCCCCCACCACCAACCUACCUCUUAUUGCAAUUAGGCGAACCGAUAGCAAACAAAAAAAACCCAACUGUUUCUCCAUCUGUCUCCUCAUAUAAACCCCCCGCACCUACACUCAACCCACAUACACAACUAAAAAUAAAACAAACGACUUUGUGAGCAGUGCAAAAAGCUAAAUAACAACAAAAACGGCACAAAUCGUGAUUUUCGCUUAAAUUGUGCAAACGAUUUUUGGGGUAAUUUUCGGAGCAAAAAAACCAAAAAAAAAAAAAUCGACUGUGUUUGAUUAACUAAUUAAAAUACGCGAAUCGUUGAACGAUUUUCCAAAAAGAUCAAACAAGUGCAACAAGUUGUUGAUUCAACAGCAGCAGCAGCAACAACAACAACAAGUGCAACAAGUAUUGUAAUUAGAACUGCGCAAAUAGCUUUCAAACUGAGUUCGACACUUUGACAGCCCCAUAAAUAUUUUGAUAUUUGAUAUCAUCUCAUCAAAAGCGACUGUCAAAUUGAGCAUAACUUAAAAACAAAUCAAAAUAAAAGAAAAGAAAAUGCCCGGAACAGCUGCUUAACACUUUUCCAAAAGCCAAGUGAGAAAUUUAAAGCGACGCAAGAGAAAAUUGGUAAACCAUAAGAUCAAAUCCACAACAAACCCAUCAGAAACCCAGCAGAAUGCCGCCGCAACCUCAACAAAUGCCUGGAACAACAACUGCAACUGCAACAGCAACAGCAAAUGGCGGACCACGUGUCAGCUUCAAUCGAGAUGUACACGUGAAGCGCAUAGGUAAACCCUCGGAGUACGACUACGAGACGACAGAUUUGCAACCGCCACAUCCGGGCAUACCGCACGGCUAUCAUCAGCUGCCGCCCGACAUCGAUCCGGAGGAUAUACGCAAGGAGGCUGCACUGGUCAUCGCUCAGGCGGGUCAGCAUCACAGCAAAGCAGCGAACGGUGAUAACAUACCCACAUUCCGAGUGAAACAGAAGCGUGGUCAGGCGCCAAGUGCCUCAGCCGCAGCCAGCGAUACGCAACGCUUUCAUUCGCUGCCGACGCGACGACGCAAGGGCAAAGGUAAGCCGGUGGCACGCAGUGUAAGUGACGCCGCCGCAAAGAAACCCGCCACGAAACCCGUCACGAAACCCGCCUCGAAACCCGCCUCGAAACGCCCAUCGAUCUUUGGUCUGUUCAGUCGCAAGAGCGACACGAAUGUCAGCCAGCUCGAGCGAGAUCCACGCUUCGAGGACGGCGGCGGUCGGCGUUUAGUGCGCAGUAAAAGUGAUGUCGGCAGCACCCCAAAGGAAACGCGCAGCAAACUAAGCAAGAAGAGUGAGCCGACGAGUAGCACUAGUGCCACAACCACAGCCAAGCAGCAGUUGAGUCCCAUUAUUGAGCAGUCGCAGCGCGAGGACUUCUUUGAGCAGGACUAUUUUCGGGAGCGCGAACGACGCAAAUCGGACGCAGUCACUGUGCGUGAGAAGCAUGCCAGUGAGUUGGGACUGACCCAGUUGCUACCCCUCGACAAGCAGUCCCAGGCGGCGCCAUCAAACAUAUCGGCGGGCAUCCGGGAUCGGAUUGAGACACUGAAGUCCAAAUCCAGUGAGAAUAUGCAUAGUUCACAGCAGCCAGCGGAGCGCUUGCCGCUGACCAAGGGACGCACCGUCAACGGUCUGGUCAAGCGUCUCUCGAUGGAACGCUUCUCGCCACAGCCGGUCAUUAGUCAGCCGGGCUUCUCGUAUAUACGACCCAAUGAGGGCAUCAUCACCUAUGCCCAGCUCGAUCACAGCGACGAGCAGCAGCAACAGCAGCAGCAGCAUCGACAGCCACAACGUGAAUUUGCACCACCCAGGCCACCACGAGCCAAUGAUAGAGCACAGCCAUUGGCACAGCAACCACAUCGCAGCUAUUCGCCGUUGCAAAAUGGUGGAGCAGCCACGACAAGAUUGGCCAGCUCGCAUUCACCAUCGCCAUGGCAACAGCUCAGUCCACGCAAUCUGAGCGAUGAGGACGAGGGACUGGGCUAUGAGACACGCAAACUCUACUACGAGGAUGACUACACGAAACGAGACCAUCGACGUGGCGAGCCACCAAUUGUCCCAGUUAUACGCAGCGUCAGUCCGGCGCCGUAUCUGGAUGAGUUGGGCUAUAGGCGGGCACAGCUGGAGAAUCGCAUUCUGACGCGACGCUUUGGCGACGGCGCCACCCUGGAGCGUCAGCAUAUUCAGCACAGGCAGGAGCGUGAACCUUUGCGUGACUAUCACAGUCCAGAGAGGGAGCGGGAAAGGGAGCGAGAGCGUGAGCGUACCCAGGAGCGUGAGCUGCCCAACGAUGAUGAUCGUUAUCAGCGUCAUCAGCGUUAUCAGGCGCCAGCUGACAACUUGGAUGGCCGUACGGAGAAGAGCUCGCGCUAUCGCCACACCAAGUACUAUGAUGACGGACAUGGCGGUGGCGUCAAGGAGACCUAUGUGCGGGAGACCCAAAAGGAUGGACAGGUGCGUGAGACGCGUCAUCGUGAACGGCUUGGCGGCUCCGCGACACGCGAACUACUCCACAACGAGGAGCAGCAGGAGCCGAAGAGCCUUGACUCACAGUUGACGGAUCAGUAUCGGUCCUCGCCAGAGCUGCGGAUUACGGAGCGUGGCAGGCAACAGCAGCAGCAGCAGCAGCAGGACUACUGGCAGAGCAGCCUCAAGCGGGACAAGUUGCAGCAGCGCAGCUUCGACAAGGGCGAUUCCGGCAUUGAGAAUGAUUUUCGCAAGGAGUCCUUCAAUGGCGACCUGACCACAAGAUGGCGCAAACGCACGCCCCUCGACGAUAUGCGGGCCUGCGAGUCCUUUUUGCGCAAGGAACGCCGCGAGAGCGCCCAGCAGCUGGAGCUGCAGCGCCAGCAGCAGCAGCAGCGUCGCGAACACAGUUACAUCUAUCGCGAGAGAUCGAUUGACGACGGCUCGCACUUUGAUCCGCACCUGGACAAGUAUCCCACGGUGUCGACGAGCACUCUGAGACGUCGCGAUCAGCAGCAACAGCAGUUGCAACACGUGCCACCGGCCAAGGAUUCGAGCACUUUGAAGCGCAACAAGAAACUGGGCGGCUUCGAGAAGGUCAAACAACUGUUUACGGGCACGACAAGUGGCAGUGGCAACGGCGGCAGCGGACGCAGCAGUGGCAGCAACGUGUCCAGCAGCAAAAAGGAUAACCAAUCGCGUCUAACGAAUGGCACGAGCAGCACUCUGAGUCGCCGCAACAAGGAGAAGGAGCGGAGCUCCAAGGAUCGGGAGCGUUACAUGGUGCGGGAGGAGGAGAUGCGGUCACGCUAUCGCGAGCAUCAGACCCUCAGCGAGGAGACCUCACGCGAACCAAAGACACUGGACAUCUCGAUGCGACGCCGUCUCUCCACACCGAAAGCUAGUCCCUUGCUGCUGAAGCGCGACUCGGCCGAGAAGCCGCCCAAGAAGAAGGAAUCGGUUGCAUCAUCGACGCCCGUCAAGACCAGACCCGAGAAAAUGGGCUGGUUCAAGUCACUCGAUCGACGCGCCAAAAGCAAUCCCAAGGAGCAGCUGAAUGUUUCUGUCAAUGGACACAGCGAGGCCACCUCCAGUUUGAAGCGCACCAAACGCAAUGCGUCUGCGGCGCCAGCAAAGAAUUUGCGUUUCUUUGGCGACACCGAUCUGGACUCGAAUCCGCCGACCAUUUCCAAGGCCAGCAGCAUGCCUCGACGCCGCACACAAUUGGCGCAAUCGAAGCACUCGCAGAGCGCCUACAAUUUGGAUCGCAGUCCGCCGCCGCCGUCGCGCGAUUAUCGCCACAGUCUGUCGGCGGGGCAGGCAGCAAAUUCGAAUUCGAAUUCGAUGACGAUGUCGAAUUCGACGUCGACAAGCCGUCAACGUGCCACGUCCAUGCAGCAUCUGGAGCACGGCAGCGACGAGGUCGAUUUCCGCAAGAGGCGUCACUAUUCGCGCUCCCGCGAUCUGCACGACAUCUCCGAGAGCGGCUCCGAGCCGGAGCCCGUGGAGCGCCACAAGCGCGGCAACGCCGCCCAUCGUGCCAUGUCCCUGGAACGCUCCAGGGAUAUGCCGCUACGCGUCGAGGAUCGACCGCUCCUCGGACCACCAAAGCCAGCGCGCAGCGCAGACCGACGCGGCUUGACGCCCAGUGCACCAGAUGCCGGCGCCUACAACAAAGAACGCGAUCGUUAUCCGGCUGAGAGUUCUGGCACCGAGGGCGAGUCGAGUCUCAAUAGCCAGCGCAGUGUUGUCUAUUUGCAUGCCACCACCGUGGGCGAUAUACCACAGCCAUACAAUCUCCGGCGUCGCUCCAUGUCGCGCGAGGAUCUGCGCAAGGCUGGAGGAGGCGGUGCGAAUGGGAAGCCACCGUUGCAGCCAAUGACGCGCACCGUUUCCCGAUCCGUAUCGAUGCUGGCGCCCUGGAAGCCGAAGCACAUCAGCGAGGGCUACGAGAUCAACUACUCGCAGGAGCAAAACAAGCGCACUUCAACGUUGCCACGCAAGCCGCCGCCGCAUAAUGGGGCAACGAGUGCCAGCACGUUGAAUCGUUUGGGACGCAAGCAGGAGUUGCACUCAGCGAGGCGCCACAAUGGUUACCACAUCGAUGAGCGUCCCACGCCUCCCCCCUCGUCCAGAUCCUUACUAUCAGCAUCGAAUUUGCGCACAGCCAAAACAAAGUGAGCGAGACAGAGACAGAGAGAGAGAGAGAGAGUGGGAGUGAGUGAGUGAGUGAGAGAGAGAGAGCGAUGUCUGCCGGUGCUCUGCUGUUAAUGUAUAUUAAAAGAAAAAACUACUCUUUAGUUGCUAAUCGUAAAAAACCCGAAAUCGAAAUCGAUAUUUCUAAUCAAACACGGUAAAUCCGCUUUUGAGUUGAGCUGAGCGGUAUUUCUAUAUAUAUAUGAAUAGAUGUAAGAGACUCUAUAACCUUUGUUGCAAUUCUCGUCAUAUUAUUGUAAAUGUGAAAUGUACGUAUUUUAAUUUUUAAUAAAAUCACAACUCUUAACUUA